AUGGCUCUGGAAAAGGCUACGACCAAGUCUCGCCCUGCCAAUCGCAGUCGGCCAGCCGCCAAAAACAACUUCAAGGAUGAAGAGGUAAUGCUGCUCUGGAAGAUCUUGAAGCUGAACCACAAAGAAAUUGAUAUCCCAGUUCUAGCCAAAGAGCUUAACCUUAGUGUUGGCGCUGCUCGCAUGCGUUGGUUCCGACUGAAGGCCAAACUCGACGCCUUCGAGAAGAGGGCAACCGGAAACGAGACCACCACCGCCACUGCUACUGCUGCUCCUGUCGAUACUACUAUGGAGGGCACGAAGGGAGCUGAAGAAACCGACGAAGCCGAAGGUAGCAACAAUGACGAGGAUGCUAAGUGA